AUGGAGCAGGAAAAACUGAAGAUUGAAAAAAAUAAAAAUAAACUAAAUACCAAUGGUUUGGCAAACAACCAAAACCAAGGUGAUACAAAAGAUGGUUUACAUAACCAUAAGGACAGCAUCACUUUCAUGGGUGAGUGCAGUGACAAAUCUCAUCACGAUGAUGAGUCAUCAGAUGAUCGUCUUGCCGGUGGCGAUGGAUCUGAUGAGAGUACUGAUAGUAACGGCUAUCACGUACAAAGUGAAACAGCCGAGCACUAUGCUGGUAA